AUGUUUAUUUUGUUUUCAGUUCCUAUCAAGAUUCACAGUCAACCUAAACGUAGUCUAGAGAUAACUGAGGGAGAAAUGAUAGUAUUACAUGUUAAAGCUACUGGUUUACCUUACCCUAGAUAUCAAUGGUUCAAUGGGGAUUCAGAAGUUAUGGGAGCUGUGGACCCUACUUUAAAAAUAACUUAUAUUAACCAAGAUAAUCUAGGUGUAUAUCAGUGUUUGGUAUCCAAUUCUAUUGGUUUUAAACUAUCACAGGGAGCUGUCUUACAAGUCACUGAUAGAAUUCAAGCACCACUUCAGGUUUACACAGCUGUUGAUAAAGUAGCCCUGUUAAUUGGUAACUAUGACUACAGAUGUGAAGAUGCUUUGAAGGCACCAAUGCCUGAUAUUCAAAAUCUCUCAGAAAUAUUUACUUCUUUAAACUUUAAAGUGGUGCCACUUUUAAAUUUAACUUUAACGGAAAUGAAGAAUGCAGUGGAACACUUUUGUGCAUUAUUGGGUGUUGGAGUUUAUGGCGUGUUUUAUUUUUGUGGCCAUGGAUUUGAAGAAAAAAAGGAAAUUUAUCUUGUACCCCAGGAUGCUCCGACUGGUUAUUUAACAAAAGAUUGUCUACCCUCGGAAUAUGUGUUGAGUCGAAUGCAAAGACAACAGCCACAAGUAUCUUGUCUAAUUUUAGACGUCUGUCGAACACCGUAA